UAUUGUUUUCCGCAAUUUUAGAAAAUCAAACUAUGAUUGGAUAGACUUACACUUACACCACCUUUUGCAUAAUCAUUUCUACAUCAUGGCAGAAGUAACAAAAAAUACUUCUAAUGAUUCUAUUGCUGAUGAACCACCGCCAUAUUCUGUUGUUAUUCUAUCUAGCAGUCCAGAAACAUGCAAGGAGAAUGAAAAUGAGCCUGAAAAUCCACAAGCUGAAAAAUCAGUCAAGAAACCAAUACCAUCUUCAUUAAUGGCUUCUUUCUUUUCCCCUCUCAGUUCAAGGAUAUCUCCAGAGAAAAUGGAGAUUGGACGAAACUGCUGCAACCGAUCAACAGGCCUACUCCUGGCAUUUGCCUCUGGAAUUCUCAUGACAGCAUACUCUGCUAUGAUUAAGUUCCUAGAUGAAAUGGAUAGCAUGCAAGUAGUUAUUAUAAGAGGCACCAUGCAGGCAGUCAUACUCGGAAGCGUUGCAGCCUAUAAUAAAAGCUCGUUUAUAGGUAAACGAGAACGAUGGGUUCCUCUUUUACUUUUCCUUGUGGCAUUUACUGGAGGAUUACGAAUUCUGUUCAUAUUUACUUCAGUGUCAAGAUUACCGCUAGGGGACUCUACAACUAUACUCUUCUCAUCUCCAGUAUUUGUUAUGGUCUUCUCAAUCUUCUUACUCAAGGAGAAGUGUGGAGUCUUCAAGCUGUUUGCUGGAUCUGCUCUAGUUACUGGAGUAGUACUUAUCUCUAAACCACCGUUUAUAUUCGGGUCCACUGGAACUCAAGAUUAUGAUGUUCUAGGCUAUACACUUGUCUGCCUGGCAUGCCUGAUGUCUGCCCUGGGUGUGGUUCUAACCAAGAAAAUAACAAAACAAGUUGAUAAAAACGUUAUCAUGUUUUAUCUUGGUGUUGGAACAGUAGUUUGUGGAUUUAUCGGUCUCUUUGGAUUUGGGAAACCAAGCAAUCCACCAGCCUGGGAGUGGGCGCUUAGUCUAGGCAUCUCUGGACUGGGUAUGUUACAGCAGUAUCUGUUUGUAAUGGCUGUCACAUUAGAGACCCCUUCAAGAGUUACAGUGGUUAGACAGUCACAGAUUAUUCUAGCAUACAUUGUGCAGGCUGUUUUCUUCGACCUUACUCCUGGUUGGAUGGAUAUACUGGGAGCAGGGAUUAUAGUUCUGACCAUUCUUACAACUACUGCUGAAAACCAAAUCAGGGGAUUAGCAAGAACCUACUGCUCCUGUUUUAGGAGUUCUGAAAUCCAUCCAGAACAGGAGAAAGGAGAAAAGGAGAAAGAUAAGAAAAACGUGGACGUAGAAAUAGGAAUCCCUGAGAAAGCUAAUGCUAUCAGUGAACCUGGAGAAAAGGGUUCAAAUCUAGAAGAUAAAUGUGUCAAAGAUUUGAUCAAAGAAAAGAAAAUGAAAGAUGACUCUGUCUCUUUAAAAGACGUCAAUAUGAUUUCUAAUCUUGACGAAACUGAAAAUACAGUAAAUUCAUUGAAAGAGGAGACAAGAAAAAGAUAAACUCAAAAACCUGACAAAUUGUAAAUUAUUUAAAUGUUCAAAUACCAAAUUUUUCAAAGAUCUAUGUAUUAUAUGCAUAAUUGUAAAUAUUAUAUAUAAAAUGUUAUUUAAAAAAGAGCA